UGACGUCACUGGCUUUUGUUUAUGAUCUAGACGUUGCUUCCGAGUGAAGUACAGCAACAGCUCACUAGCUCCCUCCCGGUCUACCGCUCAUUACCGGGUGUGAACCUACAAAUAAUUAAUUACGUGCGAUUGUGUAAUCACUAGAAGCGGAGUAGGUGUUAAUAUUAAACGUUUGGUAAGGAUGUCGGCUAACGGGCCCGCUGGAGUUGACUGCACGGACGCGAGAAAAGGCGACGGACAAGCGUCCGAGAGCUCCAUGGACGUGGAUGCCCGCAAGGCUGCGGCACACAGUUACAGAUACAGCCUGCAGUUUCCAUCCAUCGGACAAUGUAUCAUCAUCAACAACAAGAAUUUCGACAGGGGGACAGGCAUGAAUCCACGCAGCGGUACCGACGUGGAUGCGGCCAACGCCAUGAAAGUGUUCGGCAAGUUGGGUUACCGGUGCAAAAUUUACAAUGACCAGACAGUGACGCAAAUGAAACAUGUUUUAACUACAGUGUCCAAGGAGGAUCACGGCGGCUGUGCGUCGCUGGUGUGCGUGUUGCUUAGUCACGGCGACGAAGGCGUUUUCUUCGGCACCGACGGUUCCAUCGAGCUCAAACACCUCACCUCGCUUUUCCGCGGGGAUCGCUGCAAGACGCUGGUGGGCAAGCCCAAACUAUUCUUCAUACAGGCAUGCAGAGGCACCGAGCUGGAUGCCGGCAUCGAAACGGACAGCGCCGACGACGGCGCAGCCAGGAUCCCCGUCGAAGCAGACUUCCUCUACGCCUAUUCCACUGCGCCAGGCUAUUACUCGUGGAGGAACACCAUGACGGGCUCGUGGUUUGUCCAGUCGCUCUGCGAGAUGCUGAGCGCACACGGCCACGCGCUGGAGCUGCAGCACAUCCUCACCCGCGUCAACCACAAGGUGGCGCUGGAGUUUGAGUCGGUCUCCACCACGCCGGGCUUCGAUGCCAAGAAGCAGAUCCCGUGCAUCGUGUCCAUGCUGACCAAGGAGAUGUACUUUGUACCCUGACCCACACCAGCUCUUUUUCGGAUUUUUUCCGUUUAUGUGCAUUUCGAUGGAGUUUGUAGGCAUUAUUUAGUUGUUUUUUUUGUGUGUGUUAAAUAAUUCAUGAUGAAUGCCCACUUCAUUGGGAAUUUUGAUGUAUGUUUGCUGUUCAUACAAUUCAGGGAGGUAUGAAGCCACUAGUGUAUGCCUUGUAUAUGCUAGCUUGGACAAAAGUAGGAAUACACAC